CUCUUCUCUCUCUGUCUCUCACCAAAAGGUGGCAUGGCAGCUGCUCCUGCCUCCUUGUACUUAUGCUCCCCCGUUUUUAUCUGACUGCAGGAAACAAGAAAGCAAGCGGAAGUUUCAUAAUUCCUACAGUGUUUCUGUGAGAGACCCAUUUUCAUACAUCAAUUCUGUGCUCUUAACAUUCUUUCCUUCAAAAAUUCUUUGUGAAACAUGGGAAAUGAAGGAGAAGGGGUUGAGGAGAAUGGAGGAUGGACUGCCAACAGCACCGUUGAUCCUCCACUGCAAAGGGUUGGAGAUUCGACUGAAAUAGUUGAAGAAACUCAGCUUGAUCAUCAGCGAAGGGGGCCAAACCUUGCUUUAGAAAUACCAAAAAGAACUUUUGAAGAUGCCACAGAAGAUUUUGUGAGGAUAAACAUGUCCUUAACACCGAGCCCUACUCCCAGAAGAGUAAACUUUUCACCUCUUCCCAGUCCUAAAAUUUCCAAAUUUGAUGAGUCCCCAGGUCCUUCAACAUCAAAAAAUAAAUUAGUGUUUCGAAGCCUCCUUCCAAAAUUGAGUUUCAAAUACCGUAAUACUACCUCGGAUAUUCAGAAGGCUGCCGUCUUAGCACUAGGAGGUCCAUCAGCAGAGACAAGGGGGAAGCCUCGCUUUCAAAGGACAUUCUCUUUGCCAAAGCUUUUCACACCAAGAACCAAGAAAACAUCAUCAUUUCCUGUUACGCCAACAGUACACUCAAAUCCGGAGUCCAUGCACGGACAGCGAGAGGCAAAUGAUACCCUUCCUACUAAAGGAGAGGCAAGGCCACCCAUUCAUCGUUCACGCUCAGUUCCUGUGCUAAACAAAGAUGGAAGAAGCAUGACACGGAUGGAUUCUUUUGGAGGUGUAUUUCGUGUAAUUCCUACGACUCCAAGAGUUGCCAACAAAACCACCACUACUGCAUCAAACCCAUCUCCUGAAAAUGAUGGAAACAAUGAUGGUGGUGAAGAUAUUCCUGAAGAAGAAGCUGUUUGUAGAAUCUGCUUGAUUGAAGUGGGAGAAGGCGGUGAUACCUUCAAGAUGGAAUGCAGCUGCAAAGGUGAACUUGCCCUUGCUCACCAAGAAUGUGCCAUAAAAUGGUUUAGCAUUAAAGGUAACAAAAUAUGUGAUGUAUGCAAGCAAGAGGUUCAAAAUCUACCUGUUACCCUUCUACGAGUUCAAAAUGUUCAGACCCAUAAUUUGAGAGGAAUUAGAGGUCAGCAAGCUGAGUCUGUUCGAUACAGGGUCUGGCAGGAUGUUCCCAUACUUGUCAUUGUCAGCAUGCUUGCUUAUUUUUGUUUUCUUGAGCAGCUUCUGGUUUCAAAAAUGAAGUCUAGUGCAAUUGCCAUCUCACUUCCAUUCUCUUGUAUAUUGGGUCUUCUUGCUUCCAUGACAUCAACAACAAUGGUGAGGAAAAAAUAUGUUUGGUUUUAUGCUACUCUUCAGUUUGGCCUGGUGGUUCUCUCUGCUCAUCUCUUCUACACAUUUCUUCACAUACAGGCUGUAAUAUCUGUUCUCCUCUCCACAUUUGUUGGGUUUGGGAUGACAAUGUGUGGAACUUCUAUUCUUUAUGAGGUUUUCAAAUGGUUGAGAAGCCGGCAUGGUCAAUCAAAUGAACAACCAGUUCCCUCCGAGGUGACUCAACAGGAUCAACCACCGAUAACAGCAAAUCAAACCUAAAUACAUUGUUACCGUCAUGAAACAGCUAGAGAAGUUGUUCAGAAAGCUUGAAUUGCGGUUGGGUAGGUAUAUCUUUCCGGUGGUUUAAAUGAAUUGUAGGUUACGGUUGUAUACAGCUAUCACAUGUAGAAUGGUUACGUUUUUAAACAUCCCUGCUGUAUGCUUGCCUGCACAGCAUUGUUGAAUACCAGACACAACCGGUUGUAAAUUUAUAUAAAAUAUAAAAAGUUUGAGGUUCA